AUGUCUUUAGUCGCUCCACAAGAUCACGGUGCCCGCGCGCAUCACGGCCACCAUGGGCACGAAGAGUCGAAGGUCGGCCUGGGCAGGAAACACGCUGGCGAAGACCUGCUAGGCGCCGAUGAAGGCUCUGCAGAUCAACUGCUUGAGGCUCUCGGCUAUACACCUGAGCUAUCACGUAAUCGAUCUACCCUACAAGUUGCCUUUAUGUCAUUCGUCUUGGCCUCGAUCCCGUACGGCCUAGCUACCACGUUCUUCUACCCACUUGCCGGGGGUGGCCCAACGAAUAUCAUCUGGGGCUGGGUUGCCGUCUCAUGUAUUAUCCUGUGUGUUGCCGCCUCCCUUGGUGAGAUCACGAGCGUCUAUCCCACGGCUGGCGGAGUCUACUACCAGACGUUCAUGCUCGCACCGGCGAGAUGGCGGCGCGUUGCCAGUUGGAUUUGCGGCUGGCUCUAUGUCGUCGGUAACAUCACUAUCACACUCGCUGUGAACUUUGGCACCACUCUUUUCCUUGUCGCCUGCAUCGAUGUGUUUGAGAAAGAACCCGGAGCCGGAGUCUUUCCUGGUGAAACGUAUCAGAUCUUCCUGAUCUUCUUAGCCAUCACGCUGCUGUGCAAUGCCAUCUCCGCCCUGGCCAUUUUCUGGACAUUUGCCGGAGUCAUUGCUAUGGUUAUCUGCAUCCUAGUCAUUGCUAAGAACGGCCGCCACAGUGGUGAAUAUGUCUUCACAACAUUCGAACCUCGUUCUGGUUGGACCCCCGGAUGGUCCUUCUGCGUUGGUCUGCUACAAGCUGCUUAUGCGACGUCUUCCACUGGAAUGAUUAUCUCAAUGUGCGAAGAAGUUCAAGAGCCAUCUACACAAGUUCCAAAGGCCAUGGUCGGGACUAUUGUCAUCAACACCAUUUGCGGACUCCUCUUCCUUAUUCCUCUGGUCUUCGUGCUACCAGACAUUGAUGAGUUGGUGGCUUUGGCAUCUGGACAACCAGUUCCUAGUAUCAUCAAGUCAGCUGUGGGCUCUUCAGGUGGUGCCUUCGGUCUUCUAGUUCCGUUGCUAGUUCUCGCCAUCAUCUGUGGUGUUGGAUGUACGACAGCUGCAUCUCGUUGCACUUGGGCAUUCGCCCGAGACGGCGCUAUCCCGGCUAGUCAUUUGUGGAAGAAAGUUAACGUCAAGCUUGAUGUGCCUCUCAACGCAAUGAUGCUGAGUAUGGUGGUGCAGAUCAUUCUCGGUGUUAUUUACUUCGGAUCAAGCGCUGCCUUCAAUGCUUUCUCCGGAGUCGGUGUUAUCUGUCUGACAACAUCAUAUGCUGCUCCAAUUGCAGUAAGUGUUGCCGAAGGACGACAAGCUAUCAGAGAAGGAAACUUCUAUCUUGGCCCUAUUGGUCUUGUUUGCAAUAUUGUUGCGAUCGGUAAGAGUCUAAGUUCUACAUACGUCCUCACUGCGGAUUUCAAAGCUAAUCUCUAUAGCCUGGUCACUACUCGCCAUUCCUCUAUUCUGCAUGCCUUCUUAUCUACCGGUUGA